GAGGAGUUUCUCCUCUGCCCCUUUAAGGCCGUGUUUCCUGUCGGAAGGCAGGCGAGGGAGCGGCGGCGGCGGCAGCGACGGCUAUGAAGCCCCGAUGGCUCUGCUUCUGCCUCCUGGCGCUGGCGACAUGGAGCGCCCGCCGGUCGGGCGCUUACUUCCCGGAGGAGCGCUGGGUGCCCGAAUCCCCCAUGCGGCCUCCGCGCGUCUUGCUGGCCCUGCUCGCCCGCAACGCGGCUCAUUCGCUGCCGGCGACGCUGGGCUGCCUGGAGAGGCUCCACUAUCCUAAGGACCGCAUCGCGCUCUGGGUGGCAACGGAUCACAACAUGGAUAACACAACCGCAGUGCUUCGGGAAUGGCUCGUGAACGUUCAGAGCAUGUAUCACUCAGUGGAGUGGCGGCCGAUGGAUCAUCCCAGGUUCUACUCCGAUGAAGAAGGCCCCAAGGACUGGUCCAAUUCACGCUAUGACUAUGUCAUGAAGCUCCGACAAGCAGCUUUGAAGUCUGCCCGAGACAUUUGGGCUGACUACAUCCUGUUUAUGGAUGCAGACAAUCUAUUAACAAACCCGGACACCCUGGGCCUUUUGAUAGCUGAGAACAAGACUAUCGUGGCCCCAAUGCUGGACUCGCGAGCAGCCUAUUCAAACUUCUGGUGCGGGAUGACCUCACAGGGUUAUUAUAAGCGCACCCCUGCUUACAUCCCCAUCCGGAAGAGGGAUCGCCGUGGUUGCUUUGCUGUACCCAUGGUGCACUCUACGUUUCUCAUCAACCUACAGAAAGAGGCUUCGCAAAACCUUGUUUUCUACCCUCCCCACCCAGAUUACACCUGGGCUUUUGAUGAUAUCAUCGUCUUUGCCUUUGCCUGCAGGCAGGCAGAAGUUCAGAUGUACGUGUGCAACAAAGAAGAAUAUGGCUUUCUCCCGGUGCCUCUACGAUCUCAUGGCACCCUGCGUGACGAAAUUGAGAGCUUCAUGCACGUACAGCUGGAGGUCAUGGUUAAGAAUCCUCCCGUGGAACCUUCUCGGUAUUUGUCUCUGCUUCCCAAAAUCCCAGAUAAGAUGGGAUUUGAUGAGGUUUUCAUGAUUAACCUCAAACGUCGGAAAGAUCGACGGGAACGGAUGUUGAAGGCCCUUUACGAGCAGGAGAUUGAUUGCAAGAUUGUUGAAGCCGUGGAUGGGAAGGCAAUGAAUAACAGCCAAGUGAAUGCCAUGGGCAUCAAGAUGUUGCCAGGCUACAAGGACCCAUACCAUGGACGUCCACUCACAAAGGGAGAAUUGGGUUGCUUCCUCAGUCACUAUAAAAUUUGGAAAGAGAUUGUUGAGAGAGGCCUGGAGAAAUCGGUGGUGUUUGAGGAUGACCUACGCUUUGAGAUCUUCUUCAAACGGCGCAUGAUGAACCUCAUGUUUGACUUGGAGGAAGAGGGCCUGGACUGGGAUUUAAUCUACAUUGGACGGAAGCGCAUGCAGGUAGAGCAUCCAGAGAAAGCUGUGCCCCACAUCCGCAAUCUGGUGGAAGCGGACUACUCCUACUGGACCCUGGGCUAUGUCAUCUCCCUCCAAGGGGCCAAGAAGCUGCUGGAUGCUGAGCCCCUCUCCAAAAUGUUGCCAGUGGAUGAGUUUCUUCCAGUCAUGUUUGACAAACACCCUGUUACUGAAUACAUGGAACAUUUUGACAACCGGAAUUUGCUGGCCUUCUCAGUGGAGCCCCUGCUGGUUUAUCCAACACACUACACAGGGGAUGAUGGUUACGUCAGCGACACAGAGACCUCUGUGGUGUGGAACAAUGAGAAGGUCAAAACAGAUUGGGACCGGGCCAAGUCGCAGAAAAUGAAGGAGCAGCAGGAGUUGAGGAAUGAAGCCAGGAAUUCAGACGUGCUCCAGUCCUCACUUGACAGGACAGCCCGGGAUGAGCUAUGACCCUGUGUGGAUGCCUGAAGAAAGGGGACCGGGAGAGAGACAGCGCAAGGGGAAGCUUUUUUUGCCUCAGGGUUGAUGGGUGGAUUCUCUCAGAUGUCAACAGUGGGGUGCAUCAUGCCUCCUUGUAGCGCCUAUGGGAAGCUUCAGUCCCUUGCAACCUGAGGAAUCCUAAAUGGAAAUGGUGGUGUCUUCUUAAUUCUACCAUCUCCUGCUCUCCUGUUCUGUGGGCAAAUGUGGGGCAGAGGUAAUCUGGCAGUACUCAUUUGAGAAGUUUUAUUCUCUGAUAAUAGGCCUUUUACAUGAAUUCUCUGUGUUGGGAGAGGGAGAUGUUGAACAGAUGCAGCUCAGCUUAGCAGGUUUCGAUGUCAUGAUGCUCCAUAUCAGACAAAACCAUUUCACUUGGCAGUAAAAGGCAGUAAAAAUAUUUUAUAUAAAUGUUCUUCCAGUCACAGUUUCAUAUCUCUUUCCAGAAGAAUCUUGAUUUUUUUCCCCUCUCCUGGUUCCUUGGUUGUGUUGAACCAGAGGUGGGUUCCUACCAGUUCGGUAGAA